UAACUUCGCGCAAGAAACGGGGCCACGUUAGGCAAUGGCGGACUGUUUGAAAGAAAAAGUUGGGGAGGUUUUGCUACCAGGAGAUAUCUUUUCAUUUGAAAAUAAAUCAGAAAAAGUAAUAUGUGGACCUGGACUGCGACGAAAUGGAGACGAAAUUCUUGUGUGCAAAAGCGGCAUUUUGCACCACAAACAUCCAAACAUGUACUGGAUUGACUCUCAGCAAAAACGGUAUGUGCCGGCCAAAGGGGAGAGUGUAAUCGGCAUUGUCACCGCCAAGUCCGGAGAUGUCUUCAAGGUGGACGUCGGAGGGAGCGAGCUGGCUUCGUUGUCUUACCUGGCAUUCGAGGGGGCCACCAAACGGAACCGGCCCAACGUUCAGGUGGGGGACCUGGUGUACGGCCAGUUCGUCAUCGCCAAUAAGGACAUGGAGCCCGAGCUGGUGUGCAUGGACAGCUGCGGCCGAGCGAACGGCAUGGGCGUGUUCGGAGCCGGGGGGCUGCUCAUCAAGGUGUCCCUGGGACUGGUGCGCAGGCUGCUGGCCCCGCAGAGCGCCCUGGUAAAGGAGCUGGAGGCGGUGUUCCCCUGCGAGAUGGUGGUGGGGCUGAACGGGAGGGUGUGGCUGAAGGCCCAGAGCACGCAGCACAUGCUGGUCCUGGCCAGCCUGCUGGAGAGCUGCGAGAACAUGACGCCGCAGCAGCGCCAGGCCCUGUUCCGCAGGGUGGGCCACAGCGCCCCCUGACUGCCCACAGCGCCCCCCGCAGGCCCCAGCCCGCCACUGCGCCAGACGGAGAGGAGCUGAUCCGGAGCGGGUUCGAGCUGGAAGAUGUCUGGAGUGGAGAUGGCCGUGGCCGAGCGUCCCCCGGAGCUCCCCGCUAACGCAUGCCAAACGUUUCAACAGCGUUUCAACAACGCUGUUUUAAUAUCUAGACCCUUCCACCCUCUGACGACAUUUUAUGGUUUAAUCGCAGUGUGAAAAGUGGUCUGGCCCGGACGCCGCCAUUAAUGCGUCUCCCCCAUAAAGUCCCUCUUCCGCCUGAUUGAGCCAGACUGGGGAAGUGGUGCACUUUCAGAACAGCCAAAUGGAACAUGCUGUUAUUAUUUAUCGGGGGAAGGGACUCGUGUUUUUAAUGAAAGGUAUGCUGAACCCUCAAGGACUAGAGGAGAAAAAUACUGGUUUUGAGAAAAUAUUUAAUGUUAAGUAUGCAGUAUCUCAUGGCCACAGCUGUUGUUUCUGUGAGAUAGGAGGUUAUCUCUUCAGUUUUCUUUGUUUACUCUUGGCAGCUCGGCAUGGGUUGCAUGUGUGAAUAUUUGUAUAAAUAAAUGACUUCCUGAACGAAA